AUGCCUUGUAUCGCUCUCGUGUAAUGUAUAUACAGAAGAUAUAAAUUAUAGGAAUUUAUAAUCUUCAGAGUGGGGGAGAGUAUAUGUGUGUGUGUGCGUGCGUGAACAUAAUGAGUCCACGGUAGGUGGGAUUCUGUAGGCUGUUCCCAGGAUAAUGGGCAACUGAGAAAUCUUUCUCCUUGGAAAGACAAGGCCUUAUCUAUAUGGGACAGUUGGACUCCCAGUCCCAGGAUCAGUAGUGACGGAGCCUCAGUUGUCCAGCAGGGCCUAGCAGUGAUGUCCCCCAACCUCCAUCCCCAGCUAAGGCUGUGUGGAGGAGAGUGAGGUCUAGACGUGUGGAUGGGUAGGGGCUGCUUCUGCUCUGCUCUUAUAAUGGAAAGGCUGUUGGCCCAGCCUCCAAUCGCAGGUUACUGAAACUCCAAGCCCUGCCAUCCCCCCUACCCCCUACAUCUUAAUUCCCAUCUUCCAGACAACCUUCUCACUCGCUUAGGCCAAGAGGGCGGGGCCUGUUUGCUGGGGCCAGGGAACUCGGCAGUCAUUCUCCUGUAGGAUCUACCCACGCCUAAAGAAUGGAGCCAUGAUGUCUCAGGAGUCAGAAGUUACCAAAGAGAUCAUCGAUUCAACUCCCUCAUUUUACAGAUGGGAAAACUGAAAGAAACAGAUAGGUCCAGUCUGGAGGUGUUUCCUUUGGCAGAGAACCCAGGUCGGUGCCCGGCGGGCGAGCUGGAGACCUCGGACUUGGUGACCGUGGUGCUGGGCCAGGACGCAAAACUGCCCUGCUUCUACCGAGGGGACCCGGGCGAGCAGGUGGAGCAAGUGGCAUGGGCUCGUGUGCAUGAGGGCGAGGGCGGCCAGGAGCUGGCACUUCUGAACUCUAAAUACGGGCUGUACGUGAGCUCAGCCUACGAGGGCCGCGUGGAACAGCCGCCUCCCCCAAGGAACCCCCUGGACGGUGCGGUGCUUCUGCGCAACGCGGUGCAGGCGGACGAGGGCGAGUACGAGUGUCGCGUCAGUACCUUCCCUGCCGGCAGCUUCCAGGCGCAGCUUCGGCUCCGCGUGCUGGUGCCUCCCCUGCCCUCGCUGAAUCCUGGUCCAGCACUAGAAGAGGGCCAGGGCCUGACACUGGCAGCUUCCUGCACAGCAGAGGGUAGCCCAGCCCCCAGCGUGACCUGGGACACAGAGGUCAAGGGUACAACAUCCGGCCGCUCUUUCACGCACUCUCGCUCAGCUGCUGUCACUUCAGAAUUCCAUCUGGUGCCCAGCCGCAGCAUGAAUGGACAGCCACUUACCUGCGUGGUGUCGCACCCUGGCCUGCUCCAGGACCAAAGGAUCACCCACAUCCUCCAAGUGGCCUUCCUUGCUGAGGCCUCUGUGAGGGGCCUUGAAGACCAAAAGCUGUGGCAGGUUGGCAGAGAAGGAGCUAUGCUCAAGUGCCUGAGUGAAGGGCAGCCUCCUCCCUCGUACAACUGGACACGGCUGGACGGGCCUCUGCCCAGUGGGGUACAAGCAGAAGGAGAUACCCUGACCUUCCCCCCGCUGACCACUGAGCACAGUGGCACCUACGUCUGCCACGUCAGCAAUGAGCUCUCCUCAAGGGAUUCUCAGGUGGAUGUGGAUGUUCUUGCAGACCCCCAGGAUACCACGGGGAAGCAGGUGGAUCUGGUGUCGGCCUCCGUGGUGGUGGUGGGUGUGAUCGCUGCACUCUUGUUCUGCCUUCUGGUGGUGGUGGUGGUGCUCAUGUCCCGAUACCAUCGGCGCAAGGCCCAGCAGAUGACCCAGAAAUAUGAGGAGGAGCUGACCCUGACCAGGGAGAACUCCAUCCGGAGGCUGCAUUCCCAUCACUCGGACCCCAGGAACCAGCCGGAGGAGAGUGUAGGGCUGAGAGCCGAGGGCCACCCUGAUGGUCUCAAGGACAACAGUAGCUGCUCUGUGAUGCGUGCCCCAGCCGACCCCCUCACGUCUGGCUGCCCUGCCUUGGUUCCUGACUUGCCCUCCGCCCUUGGUCUCCAGAGCGAAGAGGCAGAGGGCCGCAGUUACUCCACGCUGACCACAGUGCGGGAGAUUGAAACACAGACUGAACUGUUGUCUCCAGGCUCUGGGCGGACAGAGGAGGAGGAAGAUCAGGAUGAAGGCAUCAAACAGGCCAUGAACCAUUUUGUUCAGGAGAACGGGACCCUGCGGGCCAAGCCCACGGGCAAUGGCAUCUACAUCAAUGGGCGGGGGCACCUGGUCUGACCCAGGCUUGCCUCCGUCCCCUAAGCCUGGCUCCCUCUGCUGACAUGGAAGAUUUCAGCUCAUCCCCAGGGAGCCUCCCUACACACCUCAUUUCCUGAGGAAGAUGCUCCCCACCCCACUGACUGCUCGACCUUUUCCUCCGGUCCUUCUGUUGGAUGACGGAAGGGCUCUGCUUGUUGAGUCCCUCCCACAGUGUGUGCAGGUCACUGUGUGUGCAUUAGUGCUUGUCUGAGUGUGCACUGUGUGUGCGCGGAGGGGUGACCGUGCCCACGGUGUGCGUUGUGUUGUCACGUCAGAGUCCAAGUGAACCAUGGUGUGUGUGCCACAGGGUUCAGUGGCUGCAUGGGGAACGCCACAGGGGAUCGGUGCAUGUGUCGUGUGGCUGUGUGACCUUUGCCUGUAAAACGCAGGUGUUUUCCUCAGACCCCAGAGCAGUAUUAAUGAUGCAGAGGUUGGAGGCGGGAGGUGGAGACUGUGGGCCAGGUCCAGGUGUGCGGGCAUAGCUGGAGCUGGAAUCUGGCCUCCUGAGUGCGGGAGCCGGGCUCCCACCACUUGGGAGCUGUCAGGGCAAGUGUAAAGCAGUGGGCCUAGGGGUGGGCCAGAGGCUCAAACUGUUACAGAAGAAACCCUCUGCCCUCUGGUGGCCUCUGGGCCUGCUGCAUGUACGUAUUUGUUGUACGUAAACCUGCACAGUGGAGCAUCUUUGAGGACUACUGCCCCAAAUGCAUUCAUAAGACAAAAGACUUUUUAUAAACUUUUGAUUCACCUGGACAUUUAUUACUGCAAGGACUGCUUAAAGUGACAUCAGCCUACACAAGAAUUCAGCAAAGCUAGACCUUGCUCAGGUCCUACCCCAGGGGGUUAGUUCCUGUGGUUCUGAAAGGUGCUCCGUCUAAGGCAUCUUAAUCUAGGCAGGCUCUUGGGAGGGAGCCGAAGAGCUGAUAGAGUUUGAAGGAGGGGUGUGCGCCCCUCCGUUACUGGCUAUGGGAGGGUAGGUAGGGUCCUUGGCCCUAGGGGCUCCUGAGCUCUUCCCCUAGCCUCAUGUUUUCUUAGUUGUAUCCACAGUUGUUUGUGAUCCCUUGGUGGGGGGCUGCUAGGACUUGGUGACAAGGGCUUCUGGUUUGGUUGUGGUGUAGGGGGGAGAGAAGAGUGAUUAUAGACCAAGGGAGGUGAAGGAGCUGCUGGGAGCAAGAAUGUCUCCUUUUCCCCAGGGGUCUCAGGGUUACUAACUUGGGUCACUAACUUCCAGCCGUUUCUCUGGUUGGGAUUAGAUAAGGUCCAUUUUUGCCUGCCCCACCCAAAUACAUUCAGCCAGAAUAUCUAGAUUUAGUGCCCAAACCCUGCUCAGCCCGAACUCUGCUGGAUUUCUGGACCAAAGGAGAGACUCUCAUCCCCUGCUCUCCAGCCAGCCCAGGACUUUGGAGGUGGAACCUGAAGAUAUGGAACUCUAGUAUGUAUAUUUUGUGUAAAUAUGUUCAUAUUUGUACAUAAAAAAGAUAUUCUGUUUUUAAAUAAACAGAUAAAACCUGUU